GCCGGGGCUGGCUUGAUCUCUUCGUUGUUGCUGUUCUGAUGUGAUGGCUUGGAUGGGCCGGAGGAGGAGGAGGCCCAGGGCGGCAGCGUGGCAACCGUGACGGUCGUGCUCCCGUCUUCUGAGAACAUGGACAUGAGCUGCUUGUCGUCCAGGCAGUCGAAGCCGCUGUAGCCACCGUCGGGGCGGACUGAAUUCCGGUACUCCCCAGCCUCGAGGAAGGCGAUCAAGUCGCUAGCCGACCUCUGGUGGACCCUGCGCCUCGUGGACAAGAACUUGAGGAAAUCUCGACCCAUGAAGGCUGGCAGCUGCCACCGGCGCUACCACCUGCAUUGCCAGGGUGAGGGAAUGGAGGCUCGCUCGGGGCGAUGAGGUGGGAGACAUGCGGGGGUGGUGGGGGUUGCGCCAUGCAAUUUGCGAUCUGGCAAUCUGCAAUCUUUUGGGACCUCAACCAAAGACAGAAUGUCGCCACUAAUGAACAAGGCGAGGCGAGCGAAAACAAGAACGACUGGCAAUCGGAGUUGGUAGAGAUCACGAACGGAAGAGAUUCAGAGAGGGUUUAGAGAGAGAGGGAGAGGGAGAGAAUUGAACACGGUCGUCGUGCCGCGUCAGUUCUAGCUAAAGGCACUGUUCUAUUGGCAAGCACCUUAAAGUAUGAUGGGCUUGAGAAUACUAGUCAGCACGGUACAGCAUAUUCAAACCGGAACGAUCGUGAAGUGUGGAAUUCUUGUGAGCAUAUUGCCGAGGAUGGUCUUAGGAUAGACGCUCGAUUCACUUUCUGCUCGAAAUUACUUCUGCCUAGUGAAUCUGACUAUCUUUGGCCUUUGUCAGGUUUACCCCAGUAUGAUCCACCACCUUCUUCCACGAUUGUAUGAGAACUUUAACGUAGUGGGAAUGCUACCGGUGAAUGCAUCGACAACUUCAUCAUCAUUCAUACUAAAUUCUCAGACAGAGCCCCCUUCAAACCAAAGCUAUCAUGGCAAUUGUGCUCCCAUCCGGCAGGAGGAAGAGAAGAUAGGUGGCUUGAAGCCGUCAUGUCCGUUCUCUUCAGAAAAGCUCCCUGCAUUUCCGGUCCACUUAAAGCUUCUUACAUCUGCCAAUACUCCCCAGAGGUCAGACGACUCGGCUUCAUCUGACUAUAGAGCUGAAUUGAUUUAUGAACCAGGGACCGGGAAUUAUAGGUAUUCUUCAUUUCAAGCUUCAGGUUCCAAUGCGAAAUCAAUUCAAAGCAGGAAACAAAAUGGAGUUUUCAGCAAUGACUUCCUCACAUUAGGCCUUCCUACUUUGCCAUCGACGUGGCCGACUACCAAGAGCAACCAGCCAUUUGCUUCUGUAGCCUUUGCCAAUUGUGAACCUCCCGAUAAUGAGAGACCAAGCUGUCAGCUUCAUCUGUGAAAAGGGUCGUGCGCAAAAUUCAAAAUUUCAAAAGGGACCGAAAUGGGUGAAUCAGUGAGGGAAUUACGACUACUACAGCUUCCUCCCUCCGGCAAAGAAGCAUUCUGAUGAAGGAGCUGCGAGCACGACUACUUUUUGCAAUGGUGUUGCAGAUGGAAGCGUUGAUCUUGACUUGAAGCUGUAGAGAUGGGUGGCCAAGAUGAAGUCAUAAAGAGCCAUCUAACUUAUUAGAGUGGCAAGCUCGGCAAAAAAAUACCUUUAUUUUCCCUAAACUUCAAGAUGGCUCCACAUAGUUCCAAAAGAGACUAAAAUGAGCGUACUGACUUGAAAAGUGAGGUGGAGAAAAGGAGAAAAGGAAUUGGAUAGUAGAUAUGUUUGUUAGGAUGUUACAUUUGAUGAUGAGAGAUGUUGAUUUUCUUGGGUUAUUUCUGCCAA